AUGCCGGGAGUCUCGCUUGACACCGAAAACCUGUCCAAUAUCGCAGACAGACUCGAAGCCGAGCACCAGGGUGUCAAUCCAGCCUCAGAUGGUCAGAGGGACUUGGAAGGGCUGGGAGAUAAUUUGGAAGAAUUGGAGAUCAAUGAUGAGGCGUAUUUCUCAGGGGAAUUCUCGUACUGGAACUUCUCCAUGCGUAUCAAAAAUCUCAUCGAGAGCCAGAUACAGGAGCCGGAGAGCCGACGAGAGAGCAACAGCCGGAAUGAUGACCCGGAUGCUUUUCCACGUGCGCACCAUCUGCGUCCUGGGCGUAAUCACUUGUCGGAAGCCACAUCAUCGUUCCCCCCUACCAACAUAUCAAACUUCCUGGUGACAGUCUUUUUCAAGUUCGCAGAGAGCUAUCUCUUCUUUAUUGAAGAAAAUUGGGUUUUCGAGAAAUUAGACCAGCUCUACAAGAGCCCUCAAGGUCUGUCCCAAGCUGGUAGUGAAGUGACAGUCAGCAUCCUCCUAACAGUCCUUGCCAUUGGAACACAAUACGCUCAUCUUGAGCACACCGACAGUUCUGAUAGCACCUCAACGUCAGGCCUCUUGGAGGAAGAGAUAGGUGCCAUGUUUUAUCAACAAGCAAUUCGGCUACUCCCAGAAAUCAUUGAGAUCUCGUCCCUCGAAAGUGUGCAGGCAUGCCUAUUGUUUGGAUACUAUUCCCUGCCGAUUGACGCUUCUGGCUUGGGAUUUGUAUACAUCAACCUGGCUACCAGGCUGGGGAUACAGAAUGGCAUGCAUCGGAAAUGCAGUAACAGCGCCUUUAACGCAAGCGUCAUCGAGACUCGAAAUCGCGUUUGGUGGACGACCUACGUGUUGGAAAGCAACAUCUUGCGCAAUUGUCGAAAGCGAGAGAUAGUUACGAUUGUAUCCCGACUUGUGGCCAAAAAGGACGGCUUGACUACAUGGUGGCAAUCCCUCCCUCCAGAUACAAUCGACGCGAAUGAGCAACCAACAAUGACACAAUCACGUUCGGCGAUGCAUUUAAGACUCGAUUACUGCCUAGUGCGCAUGUUUGUCGGGAGACCAUUUCUAUUGAAGAAAGAUACCAAAGAUAUUGCGACAAGCCCGUCCGUCCCCGAAAGCAGCCCCGGCACCAACGAAAGAAGUGCCUCGAAGCUCGUGACUAGCCGAGAGGAGCUGAUAAGCGACUGCAUCAAAGCGGCAACGGAAGCCCUCGAUAUUUGUCAGCAGCUGCGGUCGAGCGGGAUGGGUCUCGCUCGGGCCUCGUAUUCCGAAUACAGUGCGUGUCGAGCAUCGCUGCUGGUGCUGAUUGCCUACUCGAUCCGCAAUCUCUCUGACCAGUUCCGCAAGACUUUAUGUGAGGGAUUGGAUAUGAUACGGGAAAUGUCUGCUGUGGGAGAGUCGGCGCGCUCUGAAAUUGCCUUGAUCGAGUCCCUUGAACGUGCUCUCGCGCGUCUGCACGCUGGAACACGACCGAGCGACGUGGGCAGCAGCCAAGACCAAGUGUAUGCUGAUUCGGCAUACGAAGCAUUCCGCAGCUGGGGAGCCACCCUGGCAGGCAAGAAUGGGCUCGAUGCCACUACAUCAGCGGCUCCGAAUGCCUCAGGUGGUCAAGCGGAGAUAGACUCCGUGUCUGGCUGGCCCGUUGACUUCCAGGCCCUGUCCAGCAUGGACUUUUUCAGCGCUUAUGACCCUAUGGCUGAUCCUCUACUCCAACUGCCCGUCUUUGGUACCGAAAAUCUCUCUCCGACUGAUGGAUGGCUUACUCAAUCAGAGACGGAAAUACUGGGGCGGUUCAUUACAGGACCUCAUGGAGGAAGCUAG